UGAACGGCAGAGGAGCCGCUCUGGAAGCCGUCACCCUCCGGAUCCGAACAGUUCCUUCUUCCGCAAACACAGCUCUCUGCUCCCGUUUCUCGGCUAAUCAAUGCGGCGGCUCACUUCUGCCUUUCGUUUCCUGGCUCUGUUUGAAUUCCACCACUCAUUCGACAUUUAUGAGUGAUUGAUCCGGCGACAUGACGGCCAACAGCCGCUGUUCCGUCGCGGAGCCUCCGGGGCUGGAGACCCAGCGGCGAGAGAUCGAGUCUCUGCUGCGGGAGAGUGAGCUCCAAACGGGGGACAGUUGACACGAUCCAGGCGGCCGUGUGUCAGGCCUUCUCGGUGCCUCCGGGCUCAGAGUGUCGUCUGUGGAUGAAAAGUUCAGACAGCAGCUGUGAGCGUCUCAGGAACGUCCACAUGAGUGUGUUGGACUCCUGCCUGAGCUCAGGGAUGACGAAGGUGGGGCACUUUGCCUCUCAGUUCCUGGGCUACCAGCAGCACGACAGUCAGGAGCUGCUGUCCUUCCUGCUGGACGGGCUCCACGAGGAUCUGAACCGGGUCAAGAACAAGGAGUACAUCGAGCUGCGGGACGCCGACAGGAGACCAGACCAGGAAGUGGCCGAGGAGGCGUGGAGGAACCACCGGCGGCGGAACGACUCGGUGAUCGUGGACACGUUCCACGGCCUCUUCAAGUCCACGCUGGUCUGUCCCGAGUGCAACAAGGUGUCCGUGACCUUCGACCCCUUCUGCUACCUGAGCGUCCCACUUCCUGUCAGCAAAGAGCGCGUCAUGGAGGUCUUCUUCGUCUCUCUGGACCCCCACGCCAAACCUGUGCAGCACCGGGUCGUGGUUCCUAAAGCAGGGAAAGUGUCGGACCUCUGCGUCGCGCUGUCCGAGAUGAUCGACGUCCUGCCCAAACAGAUGGUGGUCGCUGACGUCUUCAACCAUCGUUUCUAUAAAAUCUACAACCCUGAAGAAUCUCUGAGCUGCAUCCUGGACCGAGACGACAUCUUUGUGUACGAGCUGAGCGUGCAGGACGAGGACGCGGUGCUGCUGGCGCUCUACCUGCGGGAGCGCUCUCAGUACCGGGACUACGGGUCGGGCAGCAGCUCRUACGGGACCACGCUGUUCGGACACCCGCUGCUGCUCCGGGUGCCGCGCGGCAGCUGCAGCCGGGAGGAGCUCUACCAGCUGUUCCUGCAGAGGCUGGUGCGCUACGUCAGACCUCCCGACCCCUCGGAGGAGCUGGAGGAAGAGGAGGAGGACGACGAUGAAGAGGAGCUGUAUAAGUCUCAAACGAACGGCUUCAGUGAUGACGAGAAGGAAGUCGAGGAGGCAGCCGGACCUGCAGCACCGCAGCCCUGCUGCAGCCACGCCCCCAACAACCAAUCAGACGCUGCCGCGCCCACAGAGGCGGAGCCUGAUGCCAGCUGCGCUCAGAGCUCUCUGGACCAGGGCGACGCCACCGUCAGCAACGGCUCGAUAAACCCAACMGGACCCGCCUGUGGCGCUGCCGCCGCCAACACCAGCACCGCUCCUGACGACACGAGCACCUGCGGGGACGCCGGAGUCGCCGCCGGCUCGGAGCCUCCAGCAGAACCGGCGCCGCCGAGCUGCGGCGCCACAGAAGGAAACGAAGAAGACAAGCAGGAGGAGGCRUGUUCUCUGAGCCCCCCGCCCAAUCAGCUGCCGGUGAAGAGGAGGGCGUGUCGGCGAAGGAGGAGGAGCCUGUUCACCAUCCAGGCGGUCAACUCCAACGGGACGACGGAGCGAGGGAUGGGAGAGGGAGGCAGCGCCGUGUCCUUCAGCUCUCAGCCGUACGUGGCCAUCGACUGGGACCAGGACAUGAAGAAGAGAUUCUACAACGAGAACGAGGCAGAGCGCUACGUGAAGCACAGCAGCAUGGAGGUUCCUCAGCAGCAGACCACAGUUCAGCUGCAGGAGUGCAUCGAGCUGUUCACCACCAGAGAGACGCUGGAGGAGGAGAACCCCUGACGAACGCCGCCUACGUCCUGUUCUACCAUCGACAGGACAAGAUCAGAAAACCCACUCUGCCCGCCCCCAACGAUGGCUCCGCCUCCUCUCACUUCGCCAACGACAUCACUUCCUGCAAAGACCAGGAGGCGGGGCAGGGCGCCUCCUACAUCACCAUGGAAACGGACUGAAUGAACCUCGAGUUAAAUGGAUUUAUUUAGUUUUUUCGGCCGCAGGGUUUUAUUUUAGUAUUUUCUGACUCAGGAAGUUUAGUUUUUGAUUUGAGCUGAAGUUUCAUUAAAUUCACAUUCCAAAGUUUAAUUGAAAGAAAAAAAGUACUUAUUUUAAUUAUUCCAGGUUUAAAAUGGAAGCCCCGCCCACCUGGAAGCAGCGGGAGCUCUGAUUGGUCAGUGUUUGAACCAAUGACUUUUAUCUUUGUAGAACUUAAAUCUUGUUUUCUGCAGUUUUUAUUUUUCAGCUCRUUAAAGCAGGUGAAUAUUUUCUGGUUGAACAAAGCUGUCAGGGAUAAAAAAUAUUUGUAUAUUUUGGUUUUCUGAUAUUUAUUUGUAUCAGAAUGACUUGAUGGACAGGAUUAUUUUCAUAUUUAUAGAAAAUGUUUUGGGUUGUGGAGUGUACAGUAUUUUUUUAUUGUAAUUAAAAGAUGAAUAUUCUCACCUGUGGGAGGGGGCGGAGCCAUUCUUUGGUCUUCCUGUCAAAUUUCAGAUGAAACUAUUUUAUUGUACUUUAAAUCUUUUGAUAUAAAUUAAAUAUCGUCAUGAGAACGAG